AUGUCCACAGGAGAGAGGACCCCGUCCACCACCUCUGUGGAGUCAGGCGCAGCCUCGGACAGUAAUGCAGAGACCCCCAUAGACUCACCCGCCGGCUCUGUGUCUGAGACUCCGAAGAAGAAGAAGAAGAAGAAGUCUAAGAAGAACACGGAAAGCAUGAACAAAGUCUACAUGUCGGUGCUCAAUAGCGUCUUUGGAGCCGAGCGGGAGCUGGCUCAGGCGGAGCUCGACGAGCUGCAGGAGGCCUUCAAAGAGUUCGACUAUGACCAGGAUGGAUACCUGAACUACAAGGACGUGGCCGAGUGCAUGAGGACCAUGGGCUACAUGCCCACAGAGAUGGAGCUGCUGGAGAUAGUGCAGCAGAUCAAGAUGAGGAUGGGGGGUCUGAUGGACUUUGAGGACUUCGUGGAGCUGAUGGGGCCUCGGAUGAUGGGGGAGACGGCCGACAUGCUGGGCCUCAAGGAGCUGCAGUCUGCGUUUGUGCAGAUGGACCUGGAUGGAGACGGGAACAUCACACAGGACGAGAUGAAGGAGGCGGUGAAGAACCUGCUGGGGGAGAAGCUGAAGAAGGGGGAGCUAGAGGAGGUCCUCAAGGAGCUGGACGUCAACGCAGACGGAGCCAUCGACUUUGAAGAGUUCGUCAUGAUGCUGUCCAUUCGCUGA